GGAUGCCGCCCAUAGUAUAACCCUGGGAAGGGAAGCGGAGAGAAUGUAGCGAGCUGUACACUAUUACAAAGUAACUUUUACAGGCAUGGAGUGAGCGGGCUGUCCCGGGCUCGGUGUGCGGACUGGUCGGGGCGGGGACGGCGCUCACCGGGCGGACUUGUCUUCUUGUAGGAGAGUUGUGAGGCGGCCGGAGGAGCUCAGUCCAGGGAUCGCAGCAUGGAGGAGGCUCAGGCCAGGGAAUUGGUGGCCAAGAAGAGGAUGGCCUGGGCCAAGAGCAGAGAUUCAUGGCAGGCGUCCGAGGCGGGAGACGAGGUCCCGGGGGACACCGGCAACACCGCCACCAACAAGCCGGGGGACAGAGCAGGAAAUAUUCCCAAUGAAAAGAUUGCUAUAUGGCUGAAAGACUGCAGAACGCCACUGGGAGCGUCCCUGGAUGAACAGACUAAUCCAGCAGGCUUUCCGAAGGGAAUGAUUUUAAAGAAUGGCAACAGUUUUGAAGAUGACUUAUCUCUGGGAGCUGAAGCAAAUCAUCUCCAUGAAAGAAACUUGCCAAUGGAGCACCCAUUCGCUGGAAUGCUGGCAAAAGACCGCAGACUUCAGUUUCAUCAGAAAGGGAGAAGCAUGAACUCUACAGGUUCUGGGAAAAGCAGUGCAACUGUAUCCAGCGUAUCGGAGUUGUUAGACCUCUAUGAAGAAGACCCUGAGGAAGUUCUUUAUAAUCUAGGAUUUGGUAGAGAUGAGCCUGACAUUGCUUCUAAAAUACCACCAAGGUUUUUCAACAACUCCUCCUUCGCCCAUGGGAUCGAUAUUAAAGUGUUCUUAAAUGCACAGAUGCAGCGUCUGGAGGUGGAGAAUCCCAAUUUUGCCUUAACAAGUCGUUUCCGUCAGAUUAAAGUUCUCACAGAUGUUGCAAAUGCAUUUACUUCAUUAUAUUCUCAAGUUUCUGGAACUCCACUCCAACGAAUAGGCAGCUCAAAGUCUCUAACGACACCUCCUACUGCAGAACCCACCAAACCACCACCUCUUACCAGAGCUUCCAGCCAGACUGCCGCUCGACUCAUGGAGACUUUGUCAAAACUUAACUUAUGUGGAAAUCGAGCAGCUGGGGAUAGCAGUAUUGUUCAGUCUCCAGAUGAAGGAGGGCAGUUAUUGAAGAAUAAUGAAGAGGAAGGAAGUAAAAAUGAACAGAAGGCACAGAAGCUGUUCAAAAAGAAUUUGUCACCUCUUGCUACAGUUAAAGAGGUUAAAGAGGAAGCCUCAACUUCAGUUGUCACAGACUUGAAUGGUCAUGAUAUUUCUACCCUUCCAAAAGAAAACGGUGUUGCAACGGACGUUUUGCAUAAAUCCAACAUUAACCAGGCAGAAACCUCCAUGAACUCGGUUGAAUGUAUUUCUUCACAAACGGCGGAUUCUGAAUUUAAAGAUUUGAGUAUAUCCACUGAUCAGGAAUGUGAGAACUACCUAACGGCAAAAAAUCCACCCACAUCUACCCCAGAAAAGGAACUGCCUGCUCCAAAUCCAUCGAUAAAAAAUCUUGGAACACAGGCAAAGGAGUCCUUUGAGUUAGAGGAGUUGCAGAGCACAGAGGAGGAGCAUUCCCAAGUUCCGCCUAUUAGCCAGUUGGCCUCGGAAAAGAGCAAAGAUAAUCUGCUAAGAACUGCAAGUCAGCAUUCUGAUAGCAGUGGCUUUGCUGAAGACACAUCGGGUGACUGCCACCUAACAAACUCUCUUCCGGUUCAAGACUCUUUGCAAGCAAUGGGAAGUAGUGCUGACAGCUGUGAUAGUGAAACAACAGUAACUUCUAUCGGAGAGGACAUAAGGACCCCACUUGCGUUUGAUCUGAGGGACUCCAUUGACUUGGAAGAUGAUGAAUUCCUAACUCCUGUUGAACGAAAAUCAUUUUUUGAUGAGAAAGAAAUAAACAAGCAACUCCUACAGACCAAUACACCAGAAUGCAAUCAAAAUGAGGUGUGCACAACCAGCAGGGACCUCAGCUCUGCUGUGGAUAAUGCUCAGGACACAAGUGAGGACAUUUCUGAAUUACAGCGGGACUGUAUAGCAGAAAGCGAGUUGGAAACGCACAGUGAUUAUGAUGCUAUUUCUUACACCACUCACCAUAUAUCCGAAGCCUUGGACAGUUUCUCCGACCAUGACUGCUAUCUUGGGUUUAAUAGAACUGAUUCAAGUUCUGUGGAUCGUGUUAAUACUGCACUACAGAGGGCUCAAAAUAAACUGUUUGGUUCUUCUGAGACAGCGGGGGCAAGACCUGGGCGUAGCAGAGUCUCUUCAAAGGAUCUGCUGAGGCGGAAGAACAAGUUAUCAAGCUUGGGAUACCCAUUGAGGAGGACUCAGUCUUUGCCUUCUGCAAUUUUAAGUCCUGUGAAAGUGGUAUCCAAAGUAAAUAUAGUCUUAAAUUCUGGAAAGGCAACUAUGUGUAGCCCUCCAUCAUUUUCUUACAAGUAUACCCCAGAGGAAGAUGAAUCCUUGGAACAAAUAGAAGAAGUAGAAACAUCCCCUAAAUUUAUGACAUACAGGUCCCCUGUAUUGGAUACCAAGGAUACCCAGAGAAGUAACCAGGGGCAAGUGUCAGAAGAUCAACUUAACAGAUCACAAUCCUGCACAAUACAUGUCCCAUCACACAGGUCUCAUUCUUCCUGUUCUCUCCACUCCCUGCAAUCUGACUGGCAUGAACGACCGCUAUGUGAACAUUCAAGAGCGUGGAGCACACACAGCGUUCCUAACUUUUCUGGUGCCACAUGUGGUUCAGUAAUGUCCCAAUUUUCCUGUCCAUAUAAUCAGAGGUUCGCCUGUGGAUCACUUCACAGAUCCUGUUCGGGGUGUACUUUGCCUUUAAAUUCACCACCUUCCACUACUGAAAUGCAGCUACGUCGGGUCCUACAUGACAUCAGGAGUUCGCUGCAAAAUCUUUCACAGCAUCCAGUAAUGCGAGGAAAUGACAUGGCUUCUCCUGGCAUGUACAACGCUCCAAGGUCGUCCAUGUUGUCUCUUUAUGAAAAUACUUUCCAGGAACUUCAGAUAAUGAGAAGAAGUUUAAAUCUCUUCCGAGCACAAAUGAUGGAUUUGGAGUUGAAUAUGUUACGGCAGCAGACUAUGGUUUAUCAGCAUUUGUCGGAAGAUGAAAGGUAUGAGGCUGAUCAGUUACAGGGACUGAGGAACUCUGUGCGAGUGGAACUGCAGGAGUUGGAACUUCAGCUGGAUGAGCGAUUAAUGACUCUUGAGGAGCAACUCCGCAAUUACCACAUCUCCUCUCCUUUCCAGCGACAGGCGGCUAUGGGUAUGUAUGGAGGAAGAGGAAGUACUGACAGUCUGUGUUUUACCUCUCCCAUGAAUGUCAUGGAACCAGUGACUGAAUUGAUUCGAGAACAGUCACACCUGAAGUCAGAGUUGGGCCUUGAAGACAUUCGAUUGGAACAUGGAGCCGACCGAUGUGAUUCUGUCUUAUCUCAAGCAGCCUCUGAUUCAUCUUCAUUGUCCUCCAGUCCACUGUAUAGAAACAGGAAAGGUCUACUAAACACUUCUGACAUUGUUGAUAAGCCAAAAGCACAAGCCUCUCCAAGCAAAGCUGUAUACCGUGCUUCUGUAGCUCUGACACCAAGUCCUCCAGUAAGAGCCAAUCAGAAUACUGCAACAGAAUCUCCAGAAGAACCUGGAAACUUUGAUUCAGCAGAGAAGUCAGAGUUGGAAACUGUGACACCUGUGUCUGAAGGGGGAACCCGCUGGAGUCCUGAAGAAAGCCGAGAAUUACAGCAAGUAAUAAGAGAGAUCAAAGAAUCUAUUGUUGGAGACAUCAGACGAGAGAUAGUAAGUGGACUUCUAGCAGCAGUAUCCUCUCCUCUUCGCUCGUUGGAUGGAAAAACAGAUGGGAGAGUUUAGGACUGGAGUCACAGGAAUCGGUUGAACUCUUGGCAAUUUGUAUCAAGAUUUUGCUGCGGGUCUUCGUUAUGUCAAGACUAAGAGACCAAGAGGACUUUAUUUUGCUGCUGAAGUGAUCUACUGUUUUUUUUUUUUUUUUGUCUUUUCAUUGACUGUUGUUCUUGUGUGUAAUUUGGGCACUUUGCUUAGCUUUCUGCCAAUAAGAGGACUGUGGAGGUUUCAAACAAUAUUUAUUUUACUGUACUAAUUCUUAUCCCAUUGCAUCCUUUUUUGAGACUUGAAAAUGUACACUUUUCCCCAAAUGAUGCCUUUUUUAUUUUUUUUAGAGGGGAGAGAGUAUCCAGGUUUUGCAGAGUAAUAAGGUUAAACGACCAAUAUUAACGUCUAUCUCUUUAGCUUAUACACUGACCUCCAUGAGGUAUAGACUGUGCAAUAAGUGAUUCACUCUGAACUUAACAAACUCUAGUUUCUGCUGUUUUAUAGAGUCACUUUAACAAAUAAUGGUCCUCUGCAAAUGAGGGAAGUAGCCAUUGUAUGGGCUGAACCACUAUAUAAAGGAAUUCAUUCACUAGGAACUAGUGAUUUUACCAAGGCGACAAGUCCAGUGUAAGCAGAGCUUUCAGAUUAGUUGCUGUAGCUAAAGUUUGUCACUUGCAUGGCAGAGUUCCUAUUUUUCCCCAAAAACUACUUUUAUAGUUCUUACACUGAAAGUGGUAUAUCUUUAUACUCAGAAUUGUUUAAUGUUUUAUUAAAAUGCUUCAAGAAGGCAGCCCUACACCAAAAUGUUAGUAUUUUGCAGGAUUAAGUGAGUAAAAGUAUUAAGCAAGCUUUUACGUACCUCAGUGGUUUCACUUUUCUCUCCCCUGUUGGUGCUUUUCCUACGGUGUUGGGUCCUUGACCUUCAUCCUGCUUAUACCUUUUACUAUUCAUUCCAUUAGUCGCUUCUUAACCCCUUGCUUUCCCUUGUAAAAUGAAAGAAGGAAUCAUGGGACAGGAUCACGGCUGCUAUUUUAGCAUAUUGGAGUGUAAAACAAAAUGGAGGUUAAAGACUUUGAGACUAUGACUUUCACCACCAGAAGAGCUAUUUCAGUGUAGGGAUGAAUUCCCAUUUAACUCAUAAUGUUUUUGAUGUGCCAUAUUUUUAACACUAUACCUUUCUUUUCUAAUCCCAUUGUGUUAUGCGUUUUCAAUGUGGAGUACAUAUUAUACAAAAUGUACUUUGCAUUCUGUGAGCCUCCCGAGAAAUACUAAACCCCACACACCAACUGUUUUUUUUUAGAAAUGAAGGUAUGUAUGUCUGAGAUAAAUGGAAUAAGUACGUCUGGGCAGUGGGAUUGGAGCGUGUUAAACCCCUUUUUCCUUUUUGUUAUUUUUUGUUUUGUUUGAGCUGUAAUUGGAACAAUAUUUGUGGAUAUAAAUGUUGCAGAAAGUCUGAAAACUAUAUCAAGUUUGUGUUCCUCCAUACACAAGGGCUGAUUUCUAAACAUAAUAAAGUAUUUAUUUUGCAUAUA